AAAACUUCAGGUUGGUGUAUAAAGUAGCCCGAAAAAAAACCAAACACUGCUUCGACUCCAAUUUUCUCUGGAUUUUCCAGCAAAAUUCAGUGAUUUUGUGCAGGAAGUGCAAGUGCAAUCGAUCCGUGAGUGUGACUGGUGACAAAGACAGGUGAAAAAUUGACAGGUGGAUGGCUGUGAGGGGUGAAAAACGGUGCUGAAAAGCAAAGCGCUGGAGCAGAGUUUCAGUGAAGAAGACGCCUCGUAAAAAAUGGCUUCGUGCGAGGUAUUUCUCUACAACAGAAAUGAAUACACUACAAUUGAGCAUGAUCCCACGGAUACCUGCGAAACAGUCUGCAACAUCGUUUGCCGGAUGCUCAAUAUUCAGCCCUACGUGGAGCUUCUGUUUGGACUUCGUGUGACGGGAUCGAAGAAUUUUGUGGCUCCCUGCCAGCCGCUUGUCACCAAGCAGAAGUUUGAAUUCCGGAUCAGAUACAAGCUGCCUGAUGUACUACAGCUGAAAGAGCUAGAUAAGCAGUUGUUCAAGUACUACUUUAGUCAGGUGAAGCAUGAUUUGCUGCACAAUAAGAUUCCUCAUUUGGAAUACAGUGAUCAUACGCAGAAGAUCAUGGGUCUUGUGCUAACGGAUAUGUACCUGGAGAUGGUGCAAGACAAGGUGACACCACAAGAUCUCAUUGGGCGGUACAAGAGGUACGUCCCAAAAGUUAUUCUCAAGGGUCAUCCGAAAUUCUUUAUCAGGCGUGCCAUUAAGAGAGAACUGGACGCCAUUGAGAAGCUCGAUCACGAUCCCUUCUACAUAAUUCAGUCGUACAUUUCGGAGAUGUCAAAUAUUGCUCCUGAAUAUCUGACUGAAGAAUAUUCGGCAAAUUCCCCGUACCUGGAAAGGGAUCAGGCGGGGAAGACAGGCUGGUGCCCAGUGACCAUGGAAAUUAAUCCGUAUCACAGUGAGAAGCCGGGAUUGAGAGUGCAUUAUUCAUACAAGAAAGCCUGGCACAAUAUCACCAUUGAAAAUAUGAGUGGUAUUGAGAUUCUGGGGGAGGAAGUAAAGAUUAUCACACAGAAUGAGAGGGAUAAAUUUGUACUGAAGUUCAAAGAUCGGGAGAGUUUGGAAUCAUUUGUUAGUUGUUUGUCCGGAUACUACAGGCUAAUGGUGAAGUGGUCAAUUAAUCUCUGUGGGAAUCUACCUUCUCCGUCCCUGGGCAGGCUUGAAUAUAUGCGCUGUCAUGGGCCAAUAGGGAAGGAAUAUGCUUACAAGAAAAUUCAAGUCAAUAGCAACGAAAGUGGUUCAUUUCUUGCGAGAGUCUGUGAGGAAUGCUACGAUGUCUAUUACAUCGAUAUUGCCUUCCGCAAAGAUGACUUUCGAACAUUCAAGGUCACCUUCAAGCAAGACAAAUUCUACCUACAGAAUCCCAGUGGAACAGAAACUGCCUUUGACAACCUCCUCGAGGCUGCCAAGAGCAUUUCCGUACCCUCCGGAAAGCAUAUCCGGUUAACCCAGUCUGAAUACGACAAAGCGUCGAAACUUCUGCUUUGUCGAUGUGCAGAGGAGAAACCCCAUCUGACCUUGGUGUCAGAAGUGGCUGAGAUGCGGCAGGGAAAGCCCCUGCUGAUUGAUGCUCAGAGAGAAUUGCAGUUGGAUGAGAGUAGUGAGAGGAAUCGUGAUGUGCUCUCGGUUAUGAAUGGGUAUCUUAUUGUCAAUGAAAAGAGCAAGGUCAAGGUGACCUUGAAGAUUCUGCGACAGGAAGAGACUGAGAAGAAUUUGCAGGCUUUCAUGCAUUUGGCUCACAAAUGGAGCCGACUCAAUUCGCCGGAUCUCAUGAGGAUGUACGGCUUUACGCUUUUCCAUCCCAUCGCCAUGGUGAUGGAGUCUUCGGGGCUGGGACCUCUGGAUGAGUAUCUGAGACGUAUCAGCCUGUCCAUGUCAUCGUUGAUGAACAUUGUCUUCUCACUGCUCAAGGCCAUUGUGUACCUGCAGGAUCACAGCAUAGUCCACAAUAGGAUUCGCUGCUCAACCCUCUUUGUGGUCAGUGACCAUGACGGUGACGUCUACGUUCGACUCGGGGAUCCUGGAUUCGCGACUGAACUCACGAGAAAUGACAUUCCGUGGAUCCCUCAGGAAUAUCACAAGCACAACAGCAUGGGACUGUCGCGGUAUGAUCUGAAGGCGGACAUUUGGGCAUGUGCAACGACAAUGUGGGAGAUUUUUUCACAUGGGGCCUCUCUUGAGCCUCAUAUGAAUUGUUUUCUGCAUCAGCGUCCGCCAAAGCCACAAAAGCCUCAGUGUUGUCCGCAGGAAAUGUAUGAGAUUAUGUGUUCGGGUUGGCUUGAUCCGGAUUCGCGUUUUAAGCCCCAAUCAAUCUUUACGGCGCUGCAUGUCAUUCAGCAGAAGUAUCAGCACUACUACUAUCCCCUUCAGCCCAAAUGUGAGACUGGAUCUCUGAGCAGUGGUCAGAGUCGGGAGACUGAGCAGAUUUUCGUGGAGACAAAUGGGGAUCUGUCGAGUACGAGUACGGGCGUAGGGAGUCAGAGUUCCAUUGAUUCAUCCCGGAUCAAUGGGACUGAGCAUCUGGAUAGCCUGGAACCGUCAAAUUGGCCAGGAAGGAAGGAUUUCUUCCCGGACAAUGUCUACAUGAGCGAUGAGUUCAAGGUUGUGCGUCAGGGAUUGAUUGGGAGUGGGAACUACGGGGCGGUGUAUCGGGGAGAAAUUCAGGAUAUCAAUGAUCACAGGAAUGGGAAGCAGGUGGCCAUUAAGGUGCUGGAUAUUACACAGAGUCGAAAUGGGAGGAAUGACUUUGACUACGAGUGCAAGAUCAUGAAGGCACUCAAGCAUCCCAAUAUCGUGCAAAUUUUCGAUGUCAUCACAGACGAUGCCAAUUGCAUGGCCAUCGUGAUGGAAUAUGUAGAAAAUAGUUCACUCGAUGGAUACCUCAGAGGGAAUCAUCUCAUCAAUCCCAAACCAGCGAAAUUGCUAGAAUUCGCCAAAGAUAUUGCAAGUGGAAUGCAGUACUUGCAACUGCAGAAGAUUGUUCAUCGGGACUUGGCGGCUCGAAAUGUUCUAGUCGAUAAGAAUGAGAGACUGAAGAUAUCGGAUUUUGGUCUGGCGCGCUUUGUCAACAUUGACGGUUACUACAUGUGCGGCGACCUCUACAAGAAGGUCCCGAUCACUUGGUAUGCCCCGGAAACCCUCUCCCAGUCCAUCUAUACCGUUCAUUCGGACAUUUGGUCGUACGGAGUGACGCUCUACGAAAUCUUCUCUGGCGGAAUGGAUCCUUGUCUGUUGCCCGGAGAGGAACUCAAUACAGAAUCUCUCCUCAAAGCUCUCACAGACGGAAUAAGACUCCAACGACCUCCCCAAUGCCCCACAAAUGUUUACGAGAAGCUGAUGAUACCGUGCUGGGCUCAGAUGAAAAGCAGGCGGCCUACAUUUACAACAAUACUAGAUAUUAUUGAUAAGUUAAUGUCGGAAUUUGGCCAAGAAGUUUAAAGUAAAAAAGAAAAAAAGAAAAGUUUAUAUAUAUAUCCCAAUCGAGCUUCAUGAGAGAAAUUUUCCAGAGUCUGGGAAAUGUUAAUUAUUUUCUAGUUAAGUUUUUUUCAUACAAGAAUUUUUUUUCUUGGUUAAGAAAAAACUUUUGUUGUGCAGUAAACUCUAUUUUGUAUUUUCAUUAUAUUUUUUUUUGUCAAUAUAGAGAAGUUUACAAUAUUUCCUGUAAUUGUUUGUUUUUUUUUGACAUUUUCGGAGAAGUAAAAAUCUACUUAAACAUUGAGAAUUUAUAAAAAAAAAAACAACAACAACGUAAUGUUCUUAAGAUAAAAGGGCGAAAAAAAUACUACGCCUGAGAAUAUUGUAUCUGUGGGAUAUAAAAAAAAAUCUAUAUUAAAGAGAAAAAUGAAGAAAA